AUGCCUUCGACCAACGGCUCCGAGUAUCGCCAUAUGCGAAGUAACAGCCUCAACAUCCAGCAACAAAAUGGCCAUCCCAGUCCUAUCCUAAGCCCAAUGGCCUCCAACGCAUCCACCGCUUCCGCUGCUAGAUUCGACGGCCCGCGCAGUCCACCGAAUACUUCCCACGUUCCCUGCAAAUUCUUCCGACAAGGAGCCUGUCAAGCCGGCAAUGCUUGCCCCUUCAGUCACGAUCUAGGCUCUGCCGCCGAGAAUAUCUGCAAAUACUUUGCAAAGGGCAACUGCAAAUUCGGCCCCAAAUGCGCAAACAUACACGUUCUCCCCGACGGCCGACGAAUUAACUAUGGCAAGAAUGGCGUCACGAUUGGCAACUCUCCGAUAGCCCUCGGCGGACGAAUCAAUCCCACAGCAGCCUCCAACUACCAUCCAACCAGUGCCCUCACCUCUGGCCUAUACCGCGAAGGCGUCCCUCCCUAUACUUCGGCAUACCCUUACGGCGGUGACGAGAGACAGCAGUCAUUGGGUCGCCAGCCCAGCCUCGAGAACGGCCUGCCUACGAUCGAUACCACCUACUCCCACCCCGGCUCCAACUACGGUUCGCCCCGCGAUGACGAUGCUUCAAGAUUCGGCCUCGGCUUGUCUCCUGUCAAUGCCAACGGACCUUCAGUACUGGACGCGCCGCUCCCAGCAUCCUUCGACUCCCAAGGCAUGUCUAAUGCCGCCCGGUUCCCCGCCGCGCCGUGGCCCUCAUCCGUCCCUUCGAAAUUCGGCAUUGAGUCCCCCUCGUCCUCUCUGAGCAACGCCAAAGAUUCGCGAACAUCCGAAACCCUCAAGAUGCUCCACACCUCGGCAUUCGGUGGCAGCGAGUAUCUUGCUGCGGCCAAUGUCACUGCUUCCAGCAGCCCUCCCGGUCAGCCCGAGGAAUACUUUGGCAAGCGAGCCAUGCAUUCGAGCCGAUACGCGAAGCCAAAGAUGCUCAGUUCGAGCAUGCCGAAGACAUCCGCCGUCGACCACGACUGGGAGGCCAAUUUCGGGUUCUUGGAGGAGGAUUGCGUGCCCUCCAACUUGCAGGAUCUCUUGACGCCGACUGAGAAGGCCCGUCGCGGCUCUCUGCGCACUGUUGACGGUGAGCCGGGCAGCGAGAAUGGUACCAAGUUUGGCAGCCCCAUCGGCGGCGCGAGCCCGAGCAGGUGGGGCCCGCUAUUCCAGCGCCAGAAGGAAGAAGAGCUUGGCCACAAGCAUGGGCCUUCGGUUUUUGGGCAUGUUGGAAGCCCUCUCCGAAACUCGGUGCUUUCGAACGAGAUGGGUCACGGCAGUGCCAUGGCCCGACCAAUCGGCUCCCGUGCCGGCAGCGAGUCCAUGUCGGCACUCACACAACAGCUUCAGCGCACACGGCUGGGUGACGACGGAAGCGGUAGCCCCCACUUGCAUCCUUUGGCGGCCACGGGCCGAGCCCCGAGCAACAACGGCGCUGGGCCCAUUGGCAAGGAACGGGACCGCGCGAUGGAGCGUCACGUCUCGAGCGGAUCCAUCAGCUCCUCCGUUACAGGACGAUACACCACGCCCAUUGACGAGGAGGAUCCCGCCUUCGUCUUCAACAUGGAGGAAGAGGAAGACCAGUCGUCGGCACGGCUCCGGAAGCGUGGCUCGGCCGGUUUUGGCAUCGGUGGUGGAGGAGGUGGAUGGAGCUACGCCAACGCCCUAUCCAACAAAGGUGCCACUUCUGGUUCCGGCUUGGCCAAGGAACAGCGAGAGCCAUCGGUCAGCGUUGAGACCGUUGGCGGGCGCUGA